CAGAAGACUGUUUAGAGAGCUUACCAUUGUAGGCGAGACCAUACCGCAAACCACGCUGGGACCCGAUUAAAGUGCCGCGUCAGUGCAAAACUGCUUCAGCACUCGUGCGCAUUAGCCCAUUGCAAACUAUAUUUAAAGCUUGGCGCAGUCGUCUCGGCAGCGACGCCAAGACGCACCAUACGCAGAGCCACGCUGGAUUUCUGACACCAAGGGCCGCAUGGAACCGCACGCUUAAAACGUUAUAGGCGUGAGCCAUAUAGCCUCAUGUUGGCUUGGCACAGUCACGCGCUAGUGAUGCGCGUGAUAGCAAUUUCGCCCUAGAAAAUGCCCAUGACCCUAGGCCCGAGUGGGCGCGUGACAACUACUGGUGCGGGCUGCGGCCUCGCAGCUGCCACAGGAGCUGCCGAUGACGAGGAAGCGCGCUACCAGGCGGCCGCCGACCAGCGCUUCCGGCAGGCUCAAAUUCGCGACGAUCCCGCCUCAGCCAGCAAUUCUCUCCGCGUGAAGGGGGACAAGCUGUACGCGCAGCUGAAAGAAUUGACGACGCCGGGGGUGCUCAACACGCUCGUGCCGCGGAUGGUGAACUGCUACAGUCAGGCGCUGGCGGCCGCGGCGACGCCGCUGGAGCGCUGCGCCGCGGCCCGGAGCCUGGCGGAAGUGGCGCUGCGGCGGCUGGAGCUGCCGCUUGACGUGGACGGUCCGGAGGCACUGGAGCUGCAGGCUGAAGCGCUGCGGCACUACGUCAUCGCGCUACUGGCCGGCCGCGACUGCCAGACCAUCAGCUGCAUGGACGCGCUGUACAGCGCCGCCACGGGUCUGGUGGACCGGGCCAAGGACUGGGAGGCCUGCGAGCUGGUGCGGCGGCGGCCGCGGCUGGCGGAGGGCUGGCCCGAGCUGGGAGAGGUGCUGCGCAGGCUUCACGCCGUACUCCCCCUGGAUUUGGGCUCGACUGCGAGUUGCGCGCAUGUGGCCACGCUGACGGCAUGGCUGGCUCUCACGCGGGCCACGCACCUGUACGCCGAGGCCGCAAGCAUCCAGGACGAGGGGGUGUCGGAGCAGCAGUGGCGGUGGGGCCUUUCUCUGGUCGGUGACAUCCGGCCACUACUGGAGUCAGCGCUGACAAACGCGCGAUUGCUAAAUGCGGACUCAUUAGUCGAGGAGGCUGAGGACAAGCUGCUGAGCCUCAACAUAUGCGAGCACAUAUGUCUGUCCACACAGGCUCGGCACACGGCUGACGCCAUGCUGCAAGACGCGCUGUCCAACAGCGAGGAACUGGACAUGGAGUGUGUGCGACUGGUGGCAGACAAAUACCUGGAGGCCAUCGGCCUGGCGAGUGACUUCGACCAGGAAGCCACAGCACGCGCCUACGCCGCACUCGGCCGCCUGUACUGCUCCGUGCUGCGCAUGACGGACCGCGGCACGCACUACUACAGCCUGGCGCUGCAUCUGGCGCACUCCAUGGCGCCCAAAGUGGUGAGCCACACGGCCUGGUACGCCGAGGCUGCGGCGGCGCUGCAGAAGGCGCAGGACGGGGUCCGGCUGGAGGAGGAGCGGCAGGCGGCGCAGGAGCGCGCGCCAUUCGUGGCGGAGCUCAGCGCAGAGCUGGAGGCCCUACAGGCGGCGGCAGACCGGGGCACACGGGCGCUUCUAUUGCACGUUUACGCCAGCCACCCGGUCACGGGGUCAGAGCCCAUCGUACUAACCGAAGACGAGUUGCGAGGUGACAGACUCAAGGAUGCCCUGCGGAAAGCGAUCGUCCUGUACCACCCAGACCGUCACGCGAGCAAGCCGAAGCGGUGGCAGGUACUGGUUCAGGAGAUUACCAAGUACCUCAGUGGCAGGUACCAAAGCUUCAAGUGACGAGGCCCUGUGCGCUGGACGCGUGUCGCGGAGACACGGCCCUGUUACAGCCUGUACAGGCUGCGGAUGAAACAGGGGUGAGACAGUAUGCAGGCUGUAGUCUACGGGCCAUUAAGGUUCUUGGUGGGGUGCUGACGAUGGCUGGACGGAAGGCAGUUGGCGCGGUAGCGGCAGCAGGUUGUAGAUAGGCUCCGCGGGGCAUCUUGCCCUGACGUUGAACGGUUGAGGCAUUGUAGCAGUAACGCUGGCAAAAGGACUAGAUGCCCAACCAAUAGGCAGAGACUGUUGGUAUUGGUCCGGCGGUAGGUUCGGAAAUGGACUGGAUGACUCGGAUGGUGGGUCCGAAGUGGAGUGGUUGGAUCGUUGGCAUGGAGGUUGGCUACGUCGCUUUAGGCAAGGAAUAUUAAAUUUCUUUCCUGCAUUCGGCUGAAGAGCUCAAUGCUUUCGCAUGUUGGGGCCGCUGAGAUGGGGAGAAAAGACUCCGCCCCUGCUGUGACCUCUGGGGUCGUGGGGAUACCGGCACUCGGUCAAUGCACCAGCGCCUGCAAUGCAAGGCAACAGAGGAUGCAG